GCAUGAAUCGAUUCUGUCUUGAAGCAUUCAAACUUGACAGUUUAAUUUAGUGUAUUCUAUACCAUUGAUAUUCGUUACUUUUUAUUCAUGGCAACUGCAUCUAGUCGUAGUCCUGCUGUGAAGCGACUUAUGAAGGAGCUUGCUGAGCUGCGUGCCGCUCCUUCACCAGAAUUCACUGCAGAGCCUCUUGAAGACAACCUAUUGGAAUGGCAUUUUACAUUGAGAGGACCUCCAGAUGGUGGAUUUCUAGGAGGUCGAUACCAUGGCAGACUGAUAUUUCCUGUUGAUUAUCCAUUCAAGCCUCCCAACAUCUCUUUUCUUACGCCCAAUGGAAGGUUUGAAGUGGGGAAAAAGAUAUGCUUGUCCAUCACUGGAUAUCAUCCAGAAUCAUGGCGUCCUGCUUGGGGUGUAAGAACAGCACUUGUAGCGCUCAUUUCAUUCUUUCCUACAAAAGGCGAGGGGGCGAUUGGAGCAUUAGACUGGUCAGAAGAAGAACGACGCAAGUGUGCUGUCAGCAGCAGACAAUGGAAAUGUAGUUUUUGCGGAGUGGCAAUGUCGAAUGUGCUGCCAGAUGAAACCGAAGCGCCCACUCAAAAACUAGAGUUGGAUCCAGACAUCACACUCAGUGUUGGCAAUAACACUGAUAACAAAUCUGUAUCUAUAACAACGGUCGCUGAUCCCACAACUGUUUGUGCAGUAUCUGAACCAUUGCUGAAAACAAGUACAACACCUACAACGGAUACGCAAACAGAUUCACAGCCAAAAGUAUCGACCCAUGUUGAUCCAUCACAUUCAGAUACUGUCUUAACACAGGAAGAUCCUUGUGCUAGCAGUACUUUACAAAAGGAAGUGUUGCUCAAGGACAUGACAGCAACGCGACAGCUUGAGCAAGAACAACACAUGCUGCGAACCAUUCGAGCCAACAAACGAACGACACUAAUGCAACGAUUGGAUGCAGUUAUUUUUGCAGUAGUAGGAUUAGCAGCAGCUCUCAUUCUGCAUAAAAUAACGAUUGGUUAUUGAAUAUACUGUUAGUGUUUGAUGUGUUGUGACGAUGGAUGGUUGACUUGUAAUAAGAAUUUUGCAAUAAUCAGCCAUACAUUCGAUAUGUAUGAUUCAAGUUAUGAACUAUCAACCCACUGUAGAGUUGAAGCAUAAACUGAAACGACAUGAUGUUUUGGGUGUCGUUAUCAAGCACGGCUGAAUAAAGAACAUCUGUCAUGUAUUUCUGACAUAUU